UAUCCCCGAUAAUUAUUAGUAAAUUGUCUUAUUAAGAUUAAAUUAAUUAAUUAAUUAAUUAAAUUCAUUAAUCAAAACCUAACAAAGAAAAUGUAGGAUAGUCUUAUCCUGGCAAAGUCCCUAAUAGAAUAAACUAAGAGGAAGGAAUUCGGUUAACCAAGUGCUGCCAAAAUUUUAGUACCAAAUUAAUACCUACUAAGUAAUUUUAAUGGAUAUAUCACUGCUAAUACCUUUAGCAGCAGCAAUAUCCAUCGUCAUUUGUAUAAUAUUUUUUAUCAAAUCGAAACAAACUACAAAAGAAAGCAGUAAUGGCGAUAGACCCAGACCUGCUCCCAACAGAAACCGGGAAAACGUUCCUAGAAGGGUGCAAGUUGCAAGAAAUAGGGGAGCUCGACUAAGAGGAACAGCAGUUCAAAAUGAUGUUAACGCUGAAGUGGAUGAAGAAAAUGAAGCUGUUGGGAAAUCUGAUAUUGAACUACCUGAUGGAAAAAUUGGUGCUAAGAAGCGAGCAAAAUUAGAAGCCAAAGCGGAGAAAAAAGCUGCCCGUGAGGCAGAGGAACAGCUUAGAAUAGAAAGAAAAAAAAAGUCAGAAUUGGAAGAAAAAGAAAGGAAGGAACUAGAGGAAAAGGAAAGAGCAGAAGAAAAAUUAAGAGAAGAGGAAGAAAAAAGAGCUAGAGAGGAUAAAGAGAGGAAGGAAUAUGAGGAGUAUCUUAAAAUGAAGGAAAUGUUUUCAGUUGAAGAAGAAGGUUUUGAAGAAGGUGAGGAAGGAGAGAGUGACAAUCUUCUUCAAGAAUUUGUGAAUUACAUUAAGCACAAUAAAGUUGUGAUUAUAGAAGAUUUGGCUGCACAUUUUAAGCUCAAAACGCAGAUGUGCAUUGACAGAAUAAAGGACUUGCAAAAGGAUGAUAUACUGACUGGUGUGAUUGACGAUAGAGGUAAAUUCAUUUAUGUCUCUCGGCAAGAGAUGGAUGCUGUUGCCAAAUUUAUCAGACAGAGAGGACGGGUGACCAUUACAGAAUUGGCUGAAAAUAGCAAUCAGUUAAUUAAUUUGGUUCCUAGCCCUGGACAAACUCUUGUGUAGAAUUGGCUCAAUUACUGUGUAUGCAAC